AUGCUGUCGACGCUUCUCAGAUCUUCGGGGCGUGUGGCCAAUGUCGGGGCCCGUGGCAUGUCGUCCGCAAACUUGGAUCCCCACUCUCAGGUAGCCGAUGAGCAAAAGCCGAUGGACGAGCAGAUCAAUCCCUCUUUCUUCAAGAUGGUCGACUAUUUCUUCGACAAGGGAGCGACCGUUCUCGAGCCGAAGCUCAUCGAGGAGUUCAAAGGCGCCCAGAACGCCGCCGAGAAGGCUAACCUUGUGCGCGGUAUCCUGAAGGCCAUCAAGCCCGUCAACAAGGUCCUCUACAUCACCUUCCCCAUCCGCCGCGAGAACGGAGAGUUCGAGAUUAUCGAGGCCUGGCGUUCGCAGCACUCCGAGCAUCGCACCCCGACCAAAGGAGGUAUUCGUUACUCCAUGGACGUUUGCGAGGAUGAGGUCAAGGCUCUGUCUGCCCUGAUGACCUACAAGUGCGCCGUCGUCGAUGUUCCCUUCGGAGGAGCCAAGGGAGGAGUCAAGAUCGACCCGAAGAAGUACUCCGAGUACGAGAUUGAGAAGAUCACCCGUCGUAUCGCCAUCGAAUUCGCCAAGAAGGGCUUCCUCGGGCCCGGCAUUGAUGUGCCAGCCCCCGAUAUGGGAACCGGAGAGCGCGAGAUGGCCUGGAUUGCCGACACCUACGCUCAGACCAUCGGACAUUUGGAGAAGGAUGCUUCUGCCUGCAUCACUGGAAAGCCCAUCGUCUCUGGUGGUAUUCACGGACGUGUUUCUGCUACCGGCCGUGGUGUCUGGAAGGGACUUGAAGUCUUCGCCAAUGAUGCCGACUACAUGGCCAAGCUUGGCCUGUCGACUGGUCUGGCUGGCAAGACCUUCAUCGUUCAAGGAUUCGGUAAUGUCGGACUCCACACCAUGCGUUACCUCCAUCGCGUCGGAGGAAUCUGCGUCGGAAUUCAGGAGUACGACUGUGCCAUCUACAACCCCAACGGCAUGCACCCCAAGGAGCUCGAGAACUGGAAAGACGAGCACGGCACCAUCCGCGGCUUCCCGGGAGCCAAGAGCUUCGAGCCGUUCACCGAUCUCAUCUACGAGAAGUGCGAUAUUCUGGUGCCCGCCGCGUGCGAGAAGGCUAUCCACAAGUCCAAUGCCCACAAGAUCCAGGCCAAGAUCAUCGCCGAGGCCGCUAAUGGACCUACCACCCCCGCCGCCGACAAGAUCCUGUUGGCCCGUGGUGACUGCCUCAUCAUUCCCGAUAUGUACGUCAACUCUGGUGGUGUGACGGUAUCGUUCUUCGAGUGGUUGAAGAAUUUGAACCAUGUCUCCUUCGGCCGUCUCACUUUCAAGUAUGAGCGCGAGACCAACAGGCAUCUCUUGCAGUCCGUCCAAGAAUCCCUCGAGCGCGCCAUCGGCAAGUCCGUCCCCAUCGAGGCCAAUGAGGCUUUCUUCACCCGUAUGGCCGGAGCUUCGGAGAAGGACAUCGUCCACUCUGGACUCGAAUACACGAUGCAGCGUUCCGGAGAAGCCAUCAUCCGCACCGCCCGGAAGUACAACCUUGGCUUGGACAUCCGCACGGCCGCUUACUGCAACUCGAUCGAGAAGGUCUACCACACCUACAGGACCGCCGGAUUCACCUUCACC